CGCUCAGUAGUCGCCGCGCAGGAAGAGAGCGACUUAACAUAUUUUUUACUCGACAAAAUUCUAUAUUUUAAACUAAAUAUUAACCAAUAUUGAAUAUUUUAUACAACUUUUCUACUUGAAUCAUAUUUUUGAGAGAAAACUCUAUUGCUAAAGUGAAGUUUUGUACAAUUUGUUGAAUAAACAUUUCAUAUCAAUGUAAUUGGAGAGGUGAUGUGUUAUUGACUUUGCCACAGUGUGUUUCAGUUCAUCUUAACACGUAAAUAAUAAUACAGAGAGAAUGGCGCCGGUAAAGUUUGGCCUGUUCAAGGCUCGGAGCAGGGACUACCAGGAGCAGCCCUCCACUGAGAACCUGCUGCACACCAGCCACAGCAGCGACCAUCUGGGCACUCCAUCCUCUCCGAUACCUUCGACGAGUAAGGGCAUGUUGGAGGACGCGGCGUCGGCAGACCUGUCCGUGCUCAAUAUCGACAGUGAGGAUGAUGACACAAUAUCACAACAGAAUAUUAUAACUCGACGCGUCAGUGACACCAGCAAGCUAGAAGAGUCACAGAUAAACUACCAGCCGCUAAAGAACCAAGCAUCAGCAGACGCCACAUCCAUGUCCACGCUGAAUUCUGACCAAGAAGACCACGACACCACGCUAGUAGACGAUGGAGACGGCGCGUCUACUUCCUGCGACGUCCUCUCCCUACAAUUCGACGAGACGUCGAUAGCUGCCAGCGAAGACCUGUCCGUCUACUGCGGGACGCUGAAGAAGACCAAAAAGAUCCGAAGUAAGGAAGAGAAGCAGUUGCGAGACUUGGAUAUGUGGCAAGCCAGUAAUGUUGAGGUUAUGCAGAACCUCCUAAGCAGAAGUGGCACACUGGAUGACCAAAUCAAAUGGGAGGCCAUCGCUACAGCUAGAGGGCUUUGCACUCUCAAAGACAGCUGCACAUGUGACGAUUGUGUGAGGGCGAAGUACCUCGCGGGAGUCACUGACGGCGACGGAGGCCUGGGCGCUGCGCCCCUCUUCAACGCAAUCAGCGUCGGCUGUAUCGUCCAGUAAAUGGUCAAAGGAUUAAAGGACUGGGUGUCAGUUUUGACAUGUGUAAUCUGUCAUGUGUCAUUUGAAAAUUGGCGGUAAAGUGUUUUCAUUUUUUGUGGUGGUAAUUUUAUUACGCGGUGUAUUUCGUUGGUUAUUAAUUUGUUGGUUUUUUAAACUCUGCAGUGUGGUUUUUUGAACCUUUAUUCGAUACUAAAACUAUAAAUUACACACUGCACACGCUCCAAUGGUUCUAUUUUCUUGUCCUCUAAUAAUAUCUUUUGAUUUAUUUCGUUGCGGGAUCCAUGACAGUCAUAUCCUGUGACGUGUUUUCAUGGUUGUAUCUACUGUGGAUCCUGGCUUACAAGAGAUGCAGCGGUUUGGGAGAAAGCCAUCCAGCUUGUCCUAUAAAAAAUGCCCCAAUAAAUAUUACUUGGUGAUUACUCAGUUACUAAGCCGAUUUUAUUUAUUUCAUUUUAUAUUCAGGUACCUAAACCUCAUCUUUUCAUGAUAUAAGACACUGCAGAGCUUGAAAAAUCUAAUAUUUAUACGGCUGGGCUAUGCAAUGUAUGUAUAUUUAUAUAAAUUAGAAUUUAGUGCAUAAAAUUAGCCUUAUUUUAAACCCUGCAUUAUCACUUAUUAUUAUAUUCUAUGUACAAUACAUGUGUUGUGUUUAAACACCCACGAUAUUUAAUGUUGUAUCUUAAAAUGAAUGAGAAAUAGAGCUAAUUCUUGCUAGAUAUUUUGGCAUAAUCAUUGCAAGAAACAGCUCUUUUUUAUUCAUUGUAAGAUACAAACCUCACUUUACAUAAAUUGUGUGUGAAAUAUAUUAUCCCACGAUAACCAAUUUAUUACUAGUGUGAAAUAUAUUAAAGGAGCUGAUUCUUUUGUUUAUUAACUUAAAAGUGAAUUGUAGUAGGUAUUGCUAUUUUCCUACUUACUAAUUAAUUAAUUAGAGC